AGUUACACAUGUCAUCACGAUUGGCAGUAUCCUUUACCUACCUAAUUCAUCUACAGCUACCUGCACCCAAUAAUAGUCGUCGUCUGACUGGGUUGAAUGUCCUCUCCAUCUCCACAUAAACUCCUGCCGUCAGCCUGCAGUCCAUCGCCAGCCUCUCCCUCUUCCUCCCGAAAGCUUCGUCUCAUCCUCUUCCUCUUCCUCCCCGCCAUAGUCCUCAUCUUGUCUCUCCUCUUCCCCUCCACAGGCGCUGCCACGGCUUCUCUAUCGCUCUUCAUCGGCCGCCUCGUCCACCAACCCGGACAGCUAUCCUCCAUCCUCCGUCAAACUCGCUUCUUCUCCCAGCACACCCCAGCCGCAACGAUGCGUUUGGACAAGUACGAAAAGGAGCUUCAAAUCGCCCAGCUCGCCGUCCAGCGCGCCUCCAUCCUCACCAAGCGCGUCUUCCACGAAAAGGCAAAGGGAACCGUCGACAAGAACGACAAGUCCCCCGUCACAAUCGGCGACUUUGGCGCGCAGGCGCUCAUCAUCGCUGCCCUGCAGCACAACUUCCCGGGCGAUGCCAUUGUCGCCGAGGAGGAGUCUGCGAAGCUGAAGGAGGAUGCUAACCUGAAGAGCACCAUUUGGGAUUUGGUCAAGGAUAUCAAGCUAGACGAUGCUGCUGCCGAGGAGCUGCUCGGUGGACCUAUCAAGGAUGUUGAUGCCAUGGUUGAGCUCAUCGACAAGGGAAACAGCCCUGGCGGCUCUCAGGGACGCAUCUGGGCCAUUGAUCCUAUUGACGGCACAAAGGGUUUCCUCCGUGGAGGCCAGUACGCCGUUUGUCUCGCUCUCAUGGUUGAUGGCGAUGUCAAAGUUGGUGCCCUGGGAUGCCCCAACCUCCCCAUCGACGACUCUGCUCGUCUCACUACCGGCAUUGGCGAGAACCAGACCGACGAGGGUCACGGCGUGCUCUUCUCUGCCGUCCAAGGCCACGGCGCUAUGAGCCGCGCGCUCGCGACGGUCAAUCUCGAUGUCGAGGCCGGCACACCCAUUUCUAUGCGUGCCAUUGAUGAUUUGACCAAGGCCAACUUCUGCGAGAGCGUCGAGGCUGGACACUCGUCCCACGGAGAUCAGGCGGCCAUCUCACAGAAGCUGGGCAUCACUGCGCCAAGCGUUCGCAUGGACAGCCAGGCCAAGUACGGCUCUAUUGCCCGUGGUGCGGGAGACAUCUACUUGCGUCUCCCCGUGAGUGCGACCUACCAGGAGAAGAUCUGGGACCACGCUGCAGGCGAUCUCAUUGUGAGAGAAUCAGGCGGCCAGGUUACGGACAUUCAUGGCAAGAGGCUAGACUUUAGCAUCGGACGGACGCUCGCCGGCAACAAGGGUGUUGUGGCGGCGCCUUUGGCAGUGCAUGGGAAGGUAUUGGAAGUGGUUCAAGAAGUGUUGAGUGCCAAGUUGUAAGACGUCUGCAUAAGCGGUGAUAGUUGGAAAAGUAAAAAUACAAUCCUGAGGAACUGGAUAAACUUACAUCUACAUGAUUGACUCUCAAAUGGUUGUUGGUAAUAUACAGAUAUGGUAUAUAUAGGUAUAUAUAUGUGUUUGUCUAAAUACCUCGCAAAAGAGGCCCUUUUUUUU